AUGAAGAUCAUGGACAGGUUUACACAUGAUAUUGCUAGUGAAGUGGACUUUCAGUACCUGAAUCCCCAUUUGCGUGCUAUAUUUCCAAGAAUUAUGCUGCAAAGAGCAGAAGGCAGAGACAGAGCAAGCUAUGACAUUAUGACCACAAUAUGUGAAAGUGCACGCACACUAUGUAUGGGAAAUUUCUUAAAUUUUUUAGCAGCUAUAAGAAUAGAUUACGAACAUGUUUUUAAUCUCAUCAACACAUAUUAUAGAGAGGAAACUGGACACAAUUUACCAAAUUACGAGAAUGCACAAAAUUUCUCCCAGAGUGAACCAAUCCUUCUACAGAAUUCACCAAGUCUUGCACAGAAUGCAUCAUUUCCCCCACAGAAUGCCCCUUUACCCCAGCAUAAUGCAUCUAUUCCCCCACAAAAUGCCCCUUUACCCCAGCAUAAUGCAUCUAUUCCCCCACAAAAUGCCUUUUUACCCCAGCAUAAUGCAUCAAUUCCCCCACUGAAUGCAUCUCGAAUCUUCCAGAAUGCUGAACCUUUAGAACCUAACAUGAGCACAGCUGGGUAUAUGGAUGUAUUGAAUUCUAAUGAGCUGGGAACACCAGAAACAUUCCACAGCAGUUAUAAUGUUUCUGGCUCACCUGCAGAAACCACAGAACCAAAUAUAUCAUCACAGUUAAGAAAGUACAACAAGCUUGUCAUUGAAAACCCAAACAGCUUGUACACAAUGGAAAGUACACCAAGAGGCCACUGUUUAAUCAUCAAUAAUGAAUUAUUCCAAAAUUUGCCACCAAGAAAAGGAAGUAGUAAAGACUUGAACAACUUGGACAUGAUGUUUAAUUUCUUGGGUUUUCAGGUAGUUUCCUAUGAGAACAAAACUGCCACAGGGAUGAAAAUUCUUCUGGAAGAAUUUGCAAAUUCACCUGCCCUGGGCCAGACUUCAGCUCUAGCGGUGGUCAUUCUAUCUCAUGGGGGCCCAAGUGAUAUAAUUUAUGGUGAAGAUGGUGCUCUCAUUGAUAAUUCACCAGUGGCCGGAACAUUCAUUACAAAGCUGCAGCUUCAGAAAGUCUUCAGUGGCACAAAUUGUCCAUCUAUGAAUGGAAAACCAAAACUUUUCAUUCUUCAAGCUUGUAGAGGUGAAGAAAGUGAAGACGGACAGGAAAACAAUUAUUGCAGAGAUGAUGCUCCCUCUUUGGAUCACAUUAGAGAACCUGAGACUGUUUCAGAUGAUCCAUUGCCAGAACACAGGGCUGAAACUGCUGACAUGUGUUUUCUGCAUUCAUCAUCUUUAGGUUACAAAGCUUACAGAUCCAUGUCUCAAGGAAGCCCAUUUAUUCAGCUCUUUACUGAAAGGAUUUUUCAGCAUGCCCAUGAGAAAAGCCUUCAAAGUAUUGUUAUGAUGAUCCAAAAUGAGUUCAGUACAAAAGCAAUCACCACCACCAAAAUGACCAUGCCAGAAUAUUCUUCCAGUCUGACCAAAAAGUGGUAUUUCAACCCACCUCAUGGGAGGAGAUCAAUGUACAACUUCGGGACACAUGAAUGA